GAGUAGCAGAAAAAGUAAUGGGUUUUCUGUCUCUGCAUUUUGCUGUUUUGCUUUUGAAUGGAAUGCUUCUUAUGAUUCUUGCGGAUGCAGGGGUUCAUCACUACGACUUUGUUUUGAAGGAGGAAAAUUUUACGAGGCUGUGCAGCACAAAAAGCAUGUUGGUGUUGAAGGAGGAAAAUUUUACGAGGCUGUGCAGCACAAAAAGCAUGUUGGUGGUGAAUGGUAGUUUUCCAGGGCCAACGAUUCGUGUUCACAGGGGAGAUACAGUUUAUGUUAAUGUUCAUAAUCAUGGAAAUUAUGGAGUCACCAUUCAUUGGCAUGGAGUUAAGCAACCCAGAAAUCCAUGGUCGGAUGGUCCUGUUUACAUCACACAAUGUCCGAUUCAACCAGGAUCAAAUUUCACUUACGAGGUUAUAUUUUCUGAAGAGGAAGGAACCGUUUGGUGGCAUGCUCACAGCAAUUGGACCCGCAACAGUGUUCAUGGGGCAAUUGUCAUUUACCCUGCUCAAGGAACCACGUUUCCAUAUCUACAGCCUGAUGGAGAAGAGAUCACAAUACUUGGAGAUUGGUUUAAAUCUGACUUGAACUUAGCAGUUGAAGAGCUCUUAGAUAGUGGAGGGAACUCAGCUCUAGACCCAGAUGCUUUCACCAUUAAUGGCCAGCCUGGAGAUCUUUUCAUUUGCUCUAAAGAAACAACGCAUCACUGGCUAGUUGAUUAUGGAAAGACAUAUUUGCUACGAGUAGUGAAUGUUGCCAUGAAUGCAUUGCUUUUCUUUGCAAUUGCUGAACAUAACCUUACAAUUGUUGGUACAGAUGGUGCCUACAUAAAGCCUGUAGUAACGAGCUAUAUAAUGAUAGGUCCAGGACAAACCAUGGAUAUCUUGGUUACAACAAAUCAAUCCCUUGGUCAAUAUUACAUGGCUGCUAGAUAUUUCACCUCUGACACCUUGGAGUACUCCAGUCAUAACUACCCUAAAGGAAAUGCCACUGCAAUUCUCCAAUACAGAGGAAACUAUACUUUAACAUCUCCUUCUUUUCCAACCACUCUUCCUUUUUACACUGAUUAUAACGCUGGAUUAAGUUUUAUGAAGCAAUUUCGAAGUUUAGCAAGCCAAGAUCAUCCUGUUGAUGUGCCGCAGAACAUAAGCACUAGAAUGUUCGUAACAACUUCUAUGAAUGAAAAUGUUUAUAACCUUCAUAAAUAUCUUGCCGCAAGCUUAAACAAUGUUACUUGGAUUGAUCCUACUAUAAGUGUGCUAGAAGCCUACUAUAGGAACAUAAGUGGGUUUUACACCACAGAUUUCCCAGACGUGCCACCAGAAUUUUUCGACUUUUUAGCUGACAGUUUGGGGCUUGAUGUCACACAAUGCUUGAGGGGGACCAAGGUGAAGAUAGUUGAUUACAAUGAAGAAGUUGAGAUAGUUUUUCAGUCCACCAAUGUGUUCAAUUCGUCACAGAAUCAUCCAAUGCAUUUGCAUGGAUAUAGUGUUUAUGUGGUGGGAUUGGGUGAAGGAAUCUUUAAUCCAGAUGAGGACCCAAAAGGUUACAAUCUAGUUGAUCCACCAUAUGUGAAUACCGCAACAGUUCCAAAAACCGGCUGGAUUGCAGUAAGAUUCAGGGCAAACAAUCCAGGAGUAUGGUUAUUUCACUGUCAUAUUGAACGCCAUUACACGGUUGGAAUGAAUACGGUCAUUAUAACAAAGAAUGGUGGCACUCCAGAGACAAGCAUGCAGGACCCCCCUCCAUAUAUGCCUAGCUGUGGAAGUUCGUUAUUUAGUUACUGAAAUUCAAAACUACUCCCAAUGGUCUGUUGAAAUCAUCGGCCAAUUAGACAUGAUAUAAGGUAUGUCAGACAUCUGUGCAGUGUAGCUGUUAGUGGCAUGGUCACCUAUCAAGUGUUAAUAUUCCAAACAAAUACCAUUUUUUUAA